AUGUCUGAUGAAUCGGAUGAAAAAAAAACACCACCAGGAAGAAGUCACGUUGAAAUCCCAAUUCCAACAGAGCAUCUGUUGACCUCGCUACUUCAUCCACACAAAGAUUCAAAACGUCAAUCGUUCAUAGAUGACGAACUAGAAAUAAAGGAGAUUAUCGUGAUUGAAAUUGAAGAGCACCGAAGUUUACAUUUACUGGAUCAAGAAGAUAAGGAAAUUUACGAGAGAAUAAAAAACUGGAUGAAAGAGAACCCAGAAGCAAGUCUGCUGGAUACGGUGAAUCAAUUUUCGUCCGAACCUAAUGGAGACGCUAUAGCAAAGAUCCUACAUAAUUUUCAGUUUCCGGAUUACGUGCUAAAAUUUACACGUGAAGAGCAUGAAAAACGGAGCGUAGAAAAGCAAAUUAAAAGACGAAAUUUUGAGAGGUUAUUACUAAGAGCCGGACUUGUAAUUGAAGUGGAGAAUGAUGCAGUAAACAGCGAAGACUUUUUUGUAAAGAUAUAUGCACCAUUUCAGAAGUUAUGUGAACAAGCACAACAGAUUAAAUUAAAUAUGAGAUUAGAUGUCAGGGAUUCAGUAGAUAUUGAUAUUAAACCAAAAAAAAAAUCAAGUCUUUAUUCAAGCAUCAGUAAACAUUUUACAUAUAAAAUAAAUUUUGAAAAACAAGCCGCAUUUUUCAGGGUGAGCAAGCUGAGACAAUUUGAAGGUGCCGAACCAGAAAAAUCAAUGGGAGAAAUAAUGCUAAACUUUUUUUCCAUGUCACGAAGAAAUCUAUUGGUUCACCGAAUAUUAAUGACAGCGAAUCAAAUCAACACAACACACACGGAGCCUAAUGAAGCUCCGGUGAUGGUCAAAAAAAAGAUUGCUUCUCUGGCAUUAAAACGAUUGAAAAAUGAAAAGGUAUAUACUCAAUACUAUCCAUUGCACGAUGGUCCACCAAGAGUCACAGAAAACACGCCUUUAUCGGAAAUGAACACUCGUGCGUAUCUAUAUGAGACAUGGGUAAAAAGCCGGGGAGCACAACCGUUGGAAAGGAUUAGAAGAUACUUUGGAGAAAAGUUGGCAAUUUAUUUUGCUUGGUUAGGAUUUUACACCACGUGGCUAAUCCUGGCCUCAGUUGGUGGGGUAAUCGUCGUAUUCUAUGGAUUAAUCGUAGCCGUGAGAACGGGCUCUUUUGACGAUGGCCUAAAUGGAAUUUCCGUAAUAUGGGACAAUGCGUUGACUGUACCCUUUGCUUUUUUCAUGGCUGUUUGGGCAACUUUGUUUCUUGAGACUUGGAAACGGACGUGUUCUACAAUUCAAUACGAUUGGGAUGUUGUGGAUGUUAUCAAAGAGGAAUUACCACGACCUGAAUUUUAUGGGACAGCGUUACGUACAUCCCCCAUUACAUUGAAACAGGAAAUUUACUUUCCUUACAGAUUUCGAUUGCAAAAACUUGUUAUUUCUAGUUUUGUCGUCUUGAUUUCGCUUGGAAUAGUUAUUGUAUCGAUUGGGGUCUUAAUAAUAUUUCCGAAAAUAUGGUUUCAAAUUGGAGUUCUGACAUCUCUUGUCACGGCUUUGGUGAACUUGGUGACCAUCAUGAUACUUAGUAUGCUUUACAAGAAUAUCGCGGUGUGGUUAACAAAUUUCGAAAAUCACAAGACUCCUACACAACACGAAGACUCUUUAAUUCUCAAAACCUAUUUAUUUGAUUUUCUAAAUUUUUAUACCGCUUUAUUUUACAUCAUGUUAUUUAAGCAAGGGUACAUUCGCAUGAUUAUUAAUGAUCCAGAUUUAACGACAGGCUGUGAAUACGAUAAUUGCCUGAUCGAACUGACCAUUCAAUUGGCAACUAUCUUAAUUGGUAGGCAAACGAUCGGCCAAUUUCAAGAAAUUUUUCUACCCUGGAUUCGAGGUAAAUUAAAUAAAGAAGAGAUCAAAGAAGAGCUCAAUGCUUUAAAGGCAAUAUACGAAAAAUCCGGGCGACCAAAUAAAGAAGUUCCUCAAUGGGCUCACGAUGAGCGCCUGCCCCCUGUGAAAGGCGCUAUACGAUCGGAAUAUGAAGAAAUGGUUGUUCAAUUCGGCUUUAUUUCUCUUUUUAGCCCUGCAUUUCCGCUGGCCGCACUCUUCGCUUUGCUGAAUAACUUUCUUGAAAUAAGAUCGGAUGCAUUUAAGUAUGUGGUAACACUACAAAGGCCAGUUGGUUACCAAGCACAAUCUAUUGGAAUGUGGGAACAAAUCAUGGGCAUGAUAUCAAUAUUAGCCGUAUUAACGAAUGCUAUCAUUAUAGCAUUUCAUUCAACCUGGAUGCAAAAUCAAUUUCAAAAUUUCACUGGUGAUGACGAGGACCAAUUGUUUGUUGCCAGACUUUUGUUUAUCUUGAUUUUUGAGCAUAUUAUAUUUUUGAUCAAGCUUGCAUUUGCGUCCUUGAUUCCGAAUACUCCAAAGUCAGUAAGAGUGGCGAUUCAAAGAGAAAAAUAUCUUGUUAGACUAACUUUAGAGGAUGAAGCUCCCGCACUGGAUGAAUAUAUGGCAGAUGAAGAUGACUCAUCUUUGUUUGAUAGAAAUGGCGAGUUGAAAUUACCAAAGAGAAAGGACGAACAAGAAGCAGCAAAUGACAAAUCUAAAUCUAGUGUUGGAGAUGACGGGGGUGUU